UUUUCUAUGUUAUCAUCUCAACAGAUAAAGAAAUUGUCUACAUUCAGGAAAGUAGACAAGUAGAUUGAUUAUUGAUGAAGAUUCAUAAUUCAAAGAUCAGAAAAUUAAUUUUGAAAGCAAAUAACGUUUAUCGUCUUGGAAAUUUCCAGUGACUUAACUGCUGAUGAACAUUUUUAUGAAUUUUCUAUUUAUCAAUUUAUAAUUCGUGGGAAGAUCAAUGAGGUUUGAUCCCCCCAAGUGUGCAAUCAUGUAUUAAAGUUCUGGAAUCAUCAAAUCAAGUUGAGCGUAAUUCUCCGAAUAAUUAAUCUAAAUUCGAUAAAAUCAAUUGAAUAACAUGAGAGUCCUCUCUCCUCCGAAAUAUUCCCCUCCAUCCCCUAAUCCAUUGAUCCCUCCUCUCGGCAAAAUCCCCCCAAACCAUCACCGCGCUACAAUUUCGAAACUCCAACGAACACAUAAUCUCCAUCGAAUCCUCGAGAGCAGAAAAAUCAUCAGAUUUAUCGUAACCACGACUGCAUCCCAAUCGGUGUCAGCGAUCGUUUUCAAUGCUCCUCAGGAUGCAUGAGGAACUUGUACCCGUGGGGAUGCACCAUAUAAAGCGAAUGGCAGGGCCGGAUCCCUGCAGAAUCUACUCGCAAGAGCGAUCGAGGAGAUCCCGUCUGACGCAAAAAGUUAUCCAUAAAAGUGAAAUUGCGUUAAUCAAACAUCUCCGGAUUAAAUCGUGAGAUGUCCGGGCUGACUGGAGUGACCCUUGUCCUCAUGGUGACUCUGAUUGCCUCAUCCGUGUCUUCAGAUUCGGUGCAACAUCGACCCCCCGAGCAGCCCUUCGACGGGGAUCGUCAAUCGCCAGCCGACCCCUACGAUCAUCCAAUUGACUUGCACGACCAAUUACAAAGUUUGAUGUACAUCAACCAAGAACAAAGCACUGAUGACGCUCCUCCGCACAACAGCUGGAGUGCCCUAGUUCCCGGAACACCGGGCACUGAUUACCCGAAUCUCAAUAAAAUUCCAGAGACUUCAUUUUCCUGCACUGAUAAAACACCUGGGGGAUAUUACGCCGACGUUGAGACUGGUUGCCAGGUCUUCCACAUAUGCAAUAUUGGUGGCUCCAAGAGUUCAUUCCUAUGCCCGGAGGGUAGUAUUUUCAAUCAACGUCACUUCGUCUGCGACUGGUGGUACAGUUUCCAGUGCGACGAGGCUGUAUCCCUCUACCCCGAGACUAAUCCCGAGACUGAUGAUGCAGAAUCCGUCGAUUCACUGGAGUUCGAAUCGAUGGAUAAUUACGAACCAGUUGGAUUUCGUAAUGAUUCACCCAAGCAUUUGACGUCGGCAAGCAGUGGCGAGGGUGGGUCCAGGUACACCCAGGAGAUAUUGCCAAAGGACAAUCAACGUGAGCCACUUAGCUAUGAACAAAGGAACUUGGAUCAUCAUAACGAGAAACUCGAUCGAAAAUCGAGGGGAAAUUAUCGCAAUGAGGAUAAAUUUCGUCAGCAUCCAUUGACAAAUAGCGUGAAUGCGCGAGUGGGUGAUAAAAAUUUUGAAGAUGUAGACGACCGAAAGGACGUGGAGGGUGGGCUGAAGAGGGACAGGGGGGAGGAUUUCUGGGGCACAGCACCGAGGGGUUUCUCUUUCAGUGGAGGAACUCGGAGGAAUGCACAGGGGAGGGCGAGCCACAUUCCCAGAGCUUUGGAUAACUAUUCGGAUUUCCGGGAGGGAGGGGAGAGGAAUUCGAGGCAGGAGGAAGUCAGAUUCGUACCGGCUUUGUAAUGAGAGAGGGAACGGGUUGAUUUGUUAAUUUUAUUAAUUAUUGGAAUUUUAUCAGAUUUGUUAGGCGUCAAGUGUUUGUUAGAAAACAAAUUCUAUUCAACUUGCUCUUUAAUAGAGGAUAGAUUUAUAUUAGUUAAUUAUGCACUCUAUCAUUGAACUCUAGGAAUUGAUCAAUUGUCAGGGGUAAAAAGUGCAAAGUUCUAAUUGUGAGUAACAACACCAUAAUUUCGCAGUUAACUUACUGAUAGGAAAUAAUUUAAUUGGAAUUUUACUCAGUAACCAGCACCUCGAUAAAUGAAUUCCCGUUUGAAAAGUCUCGAACAUAAUGAAUGUGGGAAAAAUAGCUGAGAGAUGACGCCCGAAUGAUUAAUAUACACUCACGUCGACAGACUAAUCCAAGCAGAACUAGGCGUGAUGAGCCGGGAUACCUGUCCCCAUGUUGGGAGAGAGGAUCAUUAAAAGGGUAUUACAAGAAUUACCGAGUGAAAAUUAUUAUUACGUGGGACAAUAAUGCUCGAGUGAACACCUGAGAUUCAGAUUCGUAUGUGAUGUCAGGAUGAUUAAAAAUUCAUCCCUGAAUAAGACAUUAAUUGAUGUCUUUUUUCUCAUCAAUUAAUUACCAUAAAGUAACAAAAAUCACUAACAAAUCACUUGCUUACUCAAAUAAAAUGAAAAAAAUUGUCUCCCAAAGACUUUCAUAGCAAAUAUUCUCCAGAGAACUUAUAAAGUCGUCUCGAGAGAAAUUUGCAUUUCAAAGACCUUUUUGGGACUUCAAAAAGCUCUUUAGAAUAAAGUCUGGAAGAUUCUCCAAAGACCGAUAUUUUUCAGCAUGAAAACAAAUUGCUGAAUUUUUAUCUCCAUGUUGUGAAUACCCCUCGAAUAAUUCUCCCCUGAAUAAAAUGAAAGGAUUGCAGCUCGCGAAUAAAUAAAUUUCGUAAAUAAA